UGACCUUUGCCCACUGACUGUUAUUUUCAGUUUGUCAUUGUCAUAAAACAAGAUUUAUUCUCGAACAAUUAUUUUGGAUUAGUAUUAUUAAUAAUAAAUAAUUACUUAGUCUGAAAUACUUUGAAUUGCUGCCAAAGCUAUUAGCGGCAAGAUGGCAAAUUUCGAUAUUUGCCCUAAAAAGGAUGGAGGAAUUAUGAAGCGAAUUUUGAAGGAAGGAUGUGGAACUGCUCUACCUCCACAGGGCUGUAAGGUGGCGGUACAUUAUACAGGCACUCUUUUGAAUGGCACCAAGUUUGACACAAGCCGUGAUAGAGAUGGUCCUUUCAAAUUCGAUUUGGGAAAAGGACAAGUGAUAAAAGCAUGGGACGUUGGCAUUGCCACUAUGAAAAAGGGAGAGCAGGCUGUAAUAACUUGCUCUCCUGAAUACGCAUAUGGAGCCUCUGGAAGCCCUCCACUUAUUCCCCCUUAUGCAACAUUACAGUUUGAUGUGGAAAUGAUUGACUGGGAAGCAGAAGAAUUAACUAGUGAACAGAAUGGCGUCAAAAGAAUGGAAAUUUUAACUCCCGGCAAAGGAUUCAUAACACCUAACGAUGGUGCUCGAGUUGAAAUUCACUUAACCGGUUCGUACAAAGGGAGGAUUUUUGAGGAUCGAGAUGCCACCUUUAAUAUUGGAGAAGGAUUCGAGGACAACAUCAUUAGUGGCAUUGAUAUUGCGUUAAAACAGUUUAAAGAGCAAGAGUCGUCGAAAUUAGCAAUCGACCCUUUAUUUGCCUUUGGAGAAGAGGGUUCUCUGGAGUUUAGUAUACCACCAGAUGCUACAGUCGAAUAUGUUGUUACAUUGAAAAGUUUCGAAAAGAGCAAAGAACUGUGGCAAAUGGACACACCGGAGAAAAUACAACAAUGCAUAAUCUUAAAAGAAAAAGGAACAAAAUACUUUAUGAAACGCAAUUACACUUACGCUAACAAGUUUUAUAAGAAAAUCCCAAGUUACUUGGAAUCGGAAGAAACUGAUACUGAAGGAGAUAUUGGCGAGAAAAGAAAGGCGCUUCUUUUGGCUGCAUAUUUGAACAUGAGUAUAUGUAAUUUGAAGCUAGAUGAAAAUUUCGAAGCUAAAGCAGACGCCAACAAAGCGUUACAAUUGGAUUCUCAAAAUGAGAAAGCUCUAUUCCGACGAGGACUAGCAUUGUUGGC